AUGCCAGGAGAGAUGGAUAAGCCAUUGAUCAGCCGCCGCCCAGUAGACAGUGAUGACAACCUUGCUGAGGUUCCCACUGAGGCCCUCAAAGUGGGCAUCCUUGGCAGUGGAGACUUUUCCCGUUCUCUGGCCAUACGACUUGUGCGCUCUGGCUUCAGCGUGGUGGUGGGGAGCCGCAACCCUAAACGCACAGCUAAGCUGUUUCCCUCUGCGGUUCAAGUGACUUCCCAAGCAGAGGCGGUAAGCUCCCCUGAGGUCAUCUUUGUGGCUAUGUUCCCGGAGCAUUACUCUUCGCUAAGUGUUUUCAGUGACCACAUGGUUGGCAAGAUUCUGGUGGAUGUGAGCAACGCGACAGAGCAGGAGAACCUUCAGCAUCGCAAGUCCAAUGCUGAGUACCUGGCUUCCCUCUUCCCCACCUGCACAGUGGUCAAAGCCUUCAAUGUCAUCUCUGCCUGGACCCUGCAGGCUGGCCCGAGGGACGGGAACAGGCAGGUGCCCAUCUGCAGUGACCAGCUGGAAGCCAAGCGCACUGUCUCAGAACUGGUGCAUGCCAUGGGCUUCUCACCACUGGACAUGGGGGCUCUGGUGUCGGCGCGGGAGGUGGAGGCCAUGCCCCUGUACCUCCUGCCUGGCUGGAAGGUCCCCACACUCCUGGCCCUUGGGCUCUUUGUGUGCUUCUAUGUCUACAACUUUGUCCGGGAUGUGCUGCAACCCUACGUGCAGGAGGGCAAAAACCAGUUCUACAAGCUCCCGGUGUCCGUGGUCAACACAACGCUGCCCUGUGUAGCCUACGUGCUGCUCUCCCUGGUGUACCUGCCUGGCGUGCUAGCAGCGGCCCUACAACUAUGGCGUGGCACCAAAUACCGCCGCUUCCCUGACUGGCUGGACCACUGGCUGCAGUGCCGCAAGCAGAUCGGCCUGCUGAGCUUCUUCUGCGCUGUCCUGCACGUGCUCUACAGCUUCUGCCUGCCGCUGCGCCAUUCCCACCGUUACAAUCUGGUCAACCUCGCCAUCAAGCAGGUCAUGGCCAACAAGAGUCGCAUCUGGAUGGAGGAGGAAGUCUGGAGGAUGGAGCUCUACCUCUCCUUGGGAAUCCUGGACCUCGGCACACUGUCCUUGCUGGCUGUCACCUCGCUGCCGUCCAUCGCAAACUCACUCAACUGGAGGGAGUUCAGUUUUGUUCAGUCCACCCUAGGCUUUGUGGCUCUGGUGUUGAGCACACUACACACGCUCACCUACGGCUGGACCCGUGCCUUUGAAGAGAGCCGCUACAAGUUCUACCUGCCUCCUACCUUCACACUCACGCUGCUGGUGCCCUGUGUGGUCAUCCUCGCCAGAGUCCUCUUCCUCCUGCCCUGCUUCAGCCACAGACUCGCCAAGAUCCGGCGGGGCUGGGAGGAGACUGACUCUAUUCAGUUCUUGCUGCCUGCUGACCAUGCCCUUGCCCAGAAGACAAGCCACGUGUGA